AGAUGGGAUCCCACCAUACAGACUCCGAAAGCAGCAUCGCAGAGAGAUGCAAGAAAGUGCCAAAGCAAAUGGACGUGUGCCACUACCUCACAUUCCUCGUACAUACCGAAUGCCAAAGGAUAUCCACGUUGAACCAGAGAAGUUUGCUGCAGAACUGAUCAAUCGUUUGGAAGAAGUACAAAAGGAACGUGAAGCGGAGGAGAAAUUAGAGGAGCGCCUUAAACGCGUUCGAGCGGAAGAAGAAGGUGAGGAUGCAGAUAUCUCUUCUGGUCCCUCGAUUAUUAGCCACAAGAUGCCUUCCGCCCAAGCCUUUCAUCACUUUGCUCCUCGUUACUCUGAGAUGGGCUGCGCUGGGAUGCAGAUGAGAGAUGCCCAUGAAGAAAACCCAGAAAGCAUCCUCGAUGAACACGUACAACGUGUGAUGAAAACCCCAGGCUGCCAGUCUCCAGGACCUGGUCGCCACUCUCCUAAGCCACGGUCCCCAGAAAGCGGCCACUUAGGAAAGCUGUCAGGGACACUAGGAACAAUUCCUCCAGGGCACGGCAAGCACGCAACAAAAUCAGGAAUGAAACUGGAUGCAGCUAACUUAUACCACCAUAAACACGUCUACCACCACAUCCAUCACCACAGCGUGAUGAAACCAAAAGAGCAGAUCGAGGCCGAGGCCACGCAGCGAGUGCAGAACAGCUUUGCUUGGAAUGUAGAUUCACAUAACUAUGCAACAAAGUCACGAAACUACACUGAAAACUUGGGCAUGGCCCCUGUCCCCAUGGACUCUUUAGGCUACAGUGGGAAAGCAAGUCUGCUCUCAAAAAGAAAUGUUAAGAAGACCGAUUCAGGGAAAAGUGAUGGUGCCAACUAUGAGAUGCCAGGAUCUCCUGAAGACAUGGAGAGAAACCAGAAGAUCCUUCAGUGGAUCAUAGAAGGAGAGAAGGAGAUCAGCAGGCAUAAGAAAACAAACCAUGGCUCUUCAGGUGCUAAGAAGCAGCUGUCCCAUGAUAUGGUCCGACCCCUCUCCAUUGAGCGACCUGUUGCGGUGCAUCCGUGGGUCAGCGCCCAACUCCGAAAUGUCGUCCAGCCUUCUCACCCCUUCAUCCAAGAUCCUACCAUGCCACCCAAUCCAGCCCCCAACCCUCUCACCCAGCUGGAAGAAGCUCGCAGGAGGUUGGAGGAAGAGGAAAAAAGGGCUGGAAAACUCCCCCUUAAACAAAG